AUGAAAUUAAUUUUGUUUUUGGCAUUGACAAUCCUAAUAUGCAACUGCUAAUAAACAGAUAAUGAAUACAAUUUAUUUGCUUCUACUGAAUAAAUUAAAUUUAAAAACAUCGGUUUGGGGUUGAUGAGAAAUAUUGAAGGCAUAUCUGAUAGCUUUGAUGAAAUUCCAUCAAGUGAGAAUGAUAUAUUGUUAUAAAACGACUUAAAUGAGAGAUUAUGA